GGUUGAAACACAUCUUAAACCCAUUAGUCACACGCCAUUUCCUUAUAUAGAGCAGUCAACUAGUCCUCCACUCGCUCACUUCUGAGGAGUCGUUAGCAUUCUGUCCUGGAUGGCGGAGGAUGCUGCGCAUGCGCCUUCUUUUCACCGUGCAUCAAUGCUCUGAGAGCAGUUCAAGAGAGGGAGAGCCGAGCUUGCUUUUGGGGCUGCUCGCUGAAAUGCAUGGAGCGGAGCGGCAAAGAAACGCCAAGCACAAGGCCGAGGCUCAGCCGAGCACCAUGAAAGACGGAGAGGUAAAGUGCGACACGAUCCCGGAGCGAGUGACUCUCAAGAAAGAAAUAGGACUCCUGAGCGCCUGCACCAUCAUUAUAGGUAACAUCAUUGGCUCUGGGAUCUUCAUCUCUCCUAAAGGGGUCCUGGAGCACUCGGGUUCUGUUGGAUUGGCACUGGUGGUAUGGACAUUAGGAGGGGGCAUCGCUGCUCUUGGCUCUCUCUGUUAUGCUGAACUUGGGGUCACCAUCCCUAAGUCAGGGGGAGACUACUCAUAUGUUACAGAGAUUUUUGGAGGCCUGAUCGGGUUCCUGCUUUUAUGGAGUGCAGUAUUGAUCAUGUACCCUACUACUCUGGCGGUAAUAGCCCUCACUUUCUCCAACUAUGUCCUACAGCCUGCCUUUCCCAACUGUGUUCCUCCGUAUAUGGCCACACGUAUGCUUUCCACUGUCUGCAUAUUAUUUCUGACGUGGGUGAACUGCUUCAGCGUGCGUCUGGCCACACGUAUCCAGGAUAUCUUCACUGUAGGGAAGCUGCUGGCCCUGGGCCUCAUUAUAGUUGUGGGACUGUUCCAGAUCUACGAAGGUAAUUACAAGGGUCUUACACCACAAAUAGCAUUUGAGUUUUAUAAGACACCGUCAGUGGGGCAGAUUGCUCUGGCGUUCCUUCAGGCGUCCUUUGCCUUUAGUGGCUGGAACUUUCUCAAUUACGUCACAGAAGAGGUGGUGGAUCCCAGGAGGAACCUUCCACGUGCAAUUUACAUCUCCAUUCCACUGGUGACCUUUGUGUACACGCUCACCAACAUCGCCUACUUCUCCUCCAUGUCCCCAGAUGAGCUGUUGUCCUCCAAUGCUGUGGCUGUAACAUUUGGAGAGAAGCUGCUUGGAAUGUUCUCCACAAUCAUUCCCAUCUCUGUGGCACUCUCCACAUUCGGAGGGAUCAAUGGCUACCUCUUCACCUCAUCCAGACUUUGCUUCUCUGGUGCAAGAGAGGGACAUUUACCCAGCUUACUAGCUAUGAUUCACUUUAAGAGCUGCACCCCAAUUCCAGCCCUGCUUGUCUGUUGCACUGCCACAAUUGUAAUCAUGUGCAUUGGUGAAACACAUAACCUUAUAAACUAUGUGUCCUUCAUCAACUACCUCUCCUAUGGAGUCACUAUUGCUGGCAUGCUGUAUUACAGAUGGAAGAAGCCAAACCUGUACAGGCCUAUCAAGGUGAGUUUGUUGGUUCCUGUGUGUUACCUCCUGUUCUGGGUCCUGCUGCUGGGCUUCAGUCUGUACUCGGAUCCUGUGGUCUGUGGAGUGGGACUGGUCAUCAUGCUCACUGGAGUACCUGUAUACUUUCUGGGAGUGUACUGGAAAGACAAGCCAAAGUGUAUCUAUAACUUCAUCGAAUGGGCCACGUAUCUGGGUCAGAGAGUGUUUUUUGUGGUUUUCCCCCAAGUUGACCCCACUGAAGACAUAACGCCAAGAGAAUGGAUGGACAAGUCUUCUGCCAUUAGCAAGGCCUCUGGACCUGUUUGACUUUUAUAUUAUAUGUUUGUUUAUUACCUUAAUUGUAUCAUGUUUUUGUUAAACAUUAGUUGCUCUCUUAUUUUAAAGCCCCAAAAUAGGGUUCUUGGGUAAAUAUUCAAACACAAAUGUCUAUAAACCUUGUAUAAUUUCUUUCUCUUGUUUUGGAUCUACUGCUACACGUAAGUUAAUGUCACUAUCUUAACACCUCAAAUGGACUUCCCAUAGAUGUACAUUUAAAUACUUUUAAAACAUUUCUAACAAUUUCUUUGAUAUAUUGCCUAUCAUUUUGUGUUUACUGUGCCUUAAGUGAAAAGAUACACUGAAAUACUUUAGUAUGUUAUAACUGGAUUAAUUCAGAAUUAUUACCCGAAGUGUUUAAGUGCCUUCAGGCAUUUCUCUGGUAGUUGCAUGUAUAUAAACAUAAAAUACAUAACAGUGGAGACAUAGGACCUAAUGCUGAAUAUAUUUAUUGCUAUUUUGCAGUUAGAGAUGUUCUUGUAUUUUGCAGUGUAUGUUACCUUUUUAAAACGCAGCUAGAAAUCUGGCAUUCAGGAAUGCAUUAGCUUUGCUAACUAAGCAGGGUGCAUUCCCUAGACCUUAUCUUAAAACCACUUGUUAAUUACUUUAUACUUGAGAACAUGUUAUUUUCUGUGAAGACAAGGUGCACAAUUUUUAUUUUAUUCUAAUUAUUCAAAAGGUAUUCUAAUGUUUAUUCUUUAUAUUCUGUUUGCAUUCUAAACAAACAACAUGAACCUAAUAUUUGUUUAAUUAUAGUAACUUCAGGUGAACCAUAUUCCUCUACACACAAAUGUUAAACCUUAUGUACACUGAGCACUUUAUUAGGAACACUAUACUAAUACUGAGUAGGGCCUCCUUUUGCUUUCAAAACAGCCUCAAUUCUUCAUGGCAUGGAUUCUACAAGAUGUUGGAAACAUUCCUUUGAGAUUCUGGUCCAUGCUGACAUGAUCGCAUCUUGUAACAGAUUUUUAAGGUGCACUUUCAUGCUGCGAAUCUCUCGUUCUACCACAUCCCAAAGGUGUUCUAUUGGAUUCAGAUCCAGUGACUGGGAAGGCCAUCUGUAGAACACGGAACUCAUUGUCAUGUUCAUAAAACCAGUUUGAGAAGACUUUUGCUUCGUGACAUGGUGCAAUAUAAUGCUGGAAGUAGCUAUUAGAAGAUGGGUAAAUUGUAGCCAUGAAGGGAUGCACAUGGUCAGCAAUAAUACUCAAAUAGGCUGUGGCAUUCAAGCGAUGACUGAUUGGUAUGAACGGGCCCAAAGUGUGCCAAGAAAAUAUUCCCCACACCAUUACACCACCUCCACCAGCCUGGACUGUUGACACAAGUCAGGUUGGGUCCAUGGAUUCAUGCUCUUCUGACCAAAUUUGGUGAGUCUGUGCCCACUGCAGCCUCAGCUUUCUGUUCUUGGCUCACCGAAGUGGAAUCCAACAUGGUCUUCUGUUGUUGGAGCCCAUCCACCUCAAGGUUCUACGUAUUGUGCAUUCUGAUAUGCUUUUCUGCUCACCACAAUUGUACAGAGUGGAUAUCUGAGGUACUGUAGCCUUUCUGUCAGCACGAACCAGUCUGCCUAUUCUCCACUGUCUUUUCUCAUCAACAAGGCGUUUCCUUCCAGAACCGCCGCUCACUGGAUGUUUUUUCUUUAUUGCACCAUUCUGAGUAAACUCUAGAGAUUGUUGUGUGUGAAAAUCCUGGGAGAUCAGCAGUUACAGAAAUACUCAGACCAGCCCAUCUGGCACCAACAAUCAUGCCACAGUCAAAAUGACUGAGAUCACAUUUUUUCCUCAUUCUGAUGGAUGAUGUGAACAUUACCCGAAGCUGCUGGCUCAUAUCUGCAUGAUUUUAUGUAUUGCACUGAUGCCACACGAUUGGCUGCUUAGAUAAUUGUAGGAAUGAGUAGGUGUAUAGGUGUUCCUAAUAAAGUGCUCUGUGAGUGUAUAUUCCAGUACUCUGCACUUGUGGAAACAUAAUACUAAACCUAUGCACAUGACACAUUUCUACAAUGAUCCCUGUUAUGAUACUGUAAUAUAAGUAUGUUUCUUUAGUUAUACACUGCCACUCAAAAAGUUUAGGGACGCUUUGCUUUCUCAAAUGUUUUGGUUUGCAGAUUAACAUAUAACAUUUUAAGGACUGACCAUGCUUAUUCUGAAGAAAAUUACAGUAUAUCUCACAUGUAAUCAUUUGUGAUAGUAACUAAAAAAAUAAUUAAACUAUACAUUGAUGAAAUAUCUCUUAACAGCUGCACACACUUUCUCCAUAAGAACAGUGUUUCCAGGCAUUCCUAAGAAUUGCUCUGCUGUGUCUGUUGCAGGUUAAACCCUGCAAGGUUUUCAGAACUGGUCUCCAGAACAUCUCUAAAACCUUUCAGUCCAACUCCCUGCAGAUCAGCUUGAUUGGUUUAAGGUCGGUUGACUUGGUAGACCAUUCCAUUACUGCCAACCCUGUGUCAUUCCUCUCCAAAUGUGUCCUGUGUAACUUUGAGGUGUGUUUGUGGUCAGUAAAAACAAUUGGGACAUUUCAGGAAACAGGCAAGGUGUCCCUAAACCUUUACUGUAAAUAUUUUUGCAGAGCCAGUGAACUGGACAGCAUUUUUUUUCCUUUACAGAUAUCAUGAUUAAGUAUGUAAUAAAUGAAGGGAUGUGGAGAUCUCAAACUGCCAGAAAUCAAGCACUGUCUCAGUCACUUUAAGCUGUACUUUUUUCAACAUGCUCAUUUUGCCUAUGCAGACCUAUGUAGAAGAACGAGUUUUCAAUGUCUUGAAAUGAGAUUUGAAACUGUAAAUUAUUUGUAUAGUUUAUUUUCAGUGGAAGAGAUACUUCCAUGUUUACCGGUUGUCUGUCUUUUUGUAAAUGAUAAAAUGGUUUAACAGUUCUGGUAGUGAAUAAAGCAUAAUUAAUACUA